CUCUUUUGGGGCUCUUGGUUGUCGAAGGUAAGGCGAAAGCAAGCGCUCAGCUGGUAGUCUCCCACAGUCAGACCUAUAGGACGGGAAGUCAGUUAUCAGCUGGAGCACGCGCCUAAGUGUUGCGCUCGAUGCCCUUCGGAACUUACGACACAGCUGUCAGGUUGACGCUGGAAUAUCUCCACUGGAGAGUCGUAUACAUAUAUUCAGAAUCGCGUGGUGCGUGGACGAAGCCAUCCACCGACUCGGACGAAGCGGUGUUUCUGCGGGUGUCCCUUGGACGUCGACUAUGGAGUUCGCGCUGACCAUCAAUUCUCCAGCCAUAUAACUUCUCACUGCAUCUACAUACUAACUUCCACCAUACCUCGGGUUUAAAUGUCCGCCCAGACUUUCGACGCUGUGUUCGAAGUUGUUUGCGCCUGGCCACUCAGUGGUCAGUAUGGCGUCGGCUCUCGCCUAUUAUAUUACGCCCUCGUAUUCAUGUGCAUCGUCGGAGUGAGAAAGGCAUGGAUGAGGGACGUGAGUAUGGCAGCAGCGUUGAUACUCCCUGCGGUAGCCGCCGUGCAUGCUAUCGUCGUCACGGCCUAUUCGACACACGCCCAUGGUGCCAUCGACUUGGAUUUAUUCGGAGUCUUCCAGUUUGUCUCCAUCGCAGUCCUGGCCGCUCCAGUCACACUUCGUUAUUCACGAACGUACUGGCUCACCCCAGGCCGCAAUUUAGUAUUCUUGUGGACGAUCUUGCAGCUCGCAGGCUUGUUGAGUCUCGCGGUCGGUUUUGAUCGUGCGAAUCCAGUUCCAUGCCUUAACCAAUACGAAAAUAAUAGCCCUUUCAACGAUACCAUCUCCGACAAUCAAGACAGCGACAUCUGCCACCAAGGAUGCUUCGGUCUGAAGACUGGCAUCCGUCAGGACCCACAAAAUCCAAGUCAAUAUGUUCUCAAUAUGCAUCGUGGCAUCACUAUCAACACCGGGCUUGGUCUCAGCGUAGGAUGUUGCGUCCCCGCCGUCCUCUCAAUGGCAUCCAUCUGGCUCAAGCUUGUCCGGGAAAAACUGGCCGGACUUGCUACGUAUCUUCCGAACUGGAAUAGUGACAACUCCGUAUCGCAGUCCAACAUGGCAGCUGCCUCGACCGACGAGAUACGGCGGAAUGAACAUAUAACUCCUGAGGAGAAGGAAAGACACGAGGAUAAGAAGAGGGACGAUGUUAUCCGCCAAGGAUUAGGGCUGGUUGAGCGUGUUGUGUUUUCUGCAGUCAUCGUGGCGAUUGUCAUUCUCGGUGAAAGAAACUUCUGGAGUGUAGAGAUGAGGGCUGGUGUCGAGCCUAUGUCGUCGGUCGGUCAAUGGGCUCCCAUUCUAGGAGCUGUCAUUGGCGCUCUGGGCUCCUGGUAUACAUCAAGUUCGGACUCGAGCACGGCGACGUUACCAGUCCAUCAGCCUCACGAUUCUAUUGGCAAGUCGACCUGGGAGCAUAUUGAACACUUCGCCGGAGAAGUAUCACAGACGUCUACCUUUGCCAUGGACGAAUUGCUCCACCCGGAACCCGCACAUCGUCUACACCGCCAUUCAUCCUCAUCCAGCCAUCCCUUGGCGUCUGAAGCUACUGAAGUACACAGUCACCGAACCAGAGUCAACAAUGCUGUCCACCGUCUUGGCAUUUGGCUGACGCCAGCGCUUGAUCGGCUCGCCGACGAUAUAGAAAAGACCCCAGGUAGCGACCGGUAUCGAGAAUAUCCUCAUACACCUGGAGAAGAGUUCAAAAAUCCUCACCUUUCGGAGCAUGACAGGUUGCAUCGGAUGAGCGUGCAGAGUUUCGCUGCGAGGUCUUCGCCACCGGAAACCCUCGGGCUUGGAGAGCCAGGCCCAUCGAGACACCGUGCUCCCCUCUAACACCUACUGGUGACUAUCUGACAGUCCCUUUGCAACACCAGCGCUCUCCCCCUCACCGUCACUUGUCAUUACCGCCAGAUGGCGAUGAUACGAGUCCACCCGCCGAAUCAGUGUCCCCGGUGAAGAUCGUGGUCACUACUCCGGACGUUGAAGAUCUAGCAUGAGUGGUUCUGAUUCCUUGUCUGCUUAUUUGCUGUGAGCUGUAAGUUCUCUGCCUUCAUUAUCUCUUGUAUGGUCACGGUGUUGGACCUUUGCCGUCUUAUUCGACACUGCUUUCUUAGUUUUUUUUUGUCUUUGUGUUCUCUAGCAUAAUUCCGUACCGUACAACCGUCAUACCCUGCUUAUACUGUCUCGUUAUCUGUACCAAGUUAUCGCCAUCCGGUCAUCUGUUGUCUGCUUCAUCAUACUUACUCGCACUUUUUUCGCUCAUCUCGGAUACCUCAGCUGCGGUCCAUAUCCAUCUUGUAAGUCUAUAUAUCAC